AUGGGCGCGGUGGCUUAUAUCGGUGUCUUUGUGAUCGUUGGUCUGGCUCUGGGGUGGAUGCGCGUCACAUCCGGCGUGGGCAGUGUUGUUAGGGGCGCGUGUGCUUGUUUUGCCUGCGCGUCGAAACGAAAGCCCUGUCAUAUUGUGAGUGUCGAAUCGCGUCGUGUUCGAUAUGGUUCCGAGUUGAUUGGGGUGAAGCUGGAUCGAAAUGCUGUGAAUCGUGAGCCGGUGGAGAAUAUGUUGGCAUUGCAGAAAGCUGUUGCCUGUAGGCAGGAGGUGGAUGAGGACGAAUAUCACAAGGUCUAG